AUGGACAGCUUCAGAUUGCCCAGUCUACCAGUCCUAACCAGUGAAGCGGUUUUCGUACUGAAGCAUAUCAAGAGUCCUUUGUGCACGCCGCCCGGCAUGACCGCGACGCCACGCGAAUCUGAUACAAAGAAGCAUCCUGUCACUUAUGGCGAUGCGCUGCCGCUUGCUAUCGCCAUAAUCGGAGGCAGGCGGGCUGACAAGGCAACCAAGACGCUCAAGCAAGAGUCUAAGCUGCGGGAAUAUCUCAAGGCGGCGGGUUCGUUUCGCACAAGGCUGCGGAGCAUAUGCGACCAAAUGGAAUCCUUUGCUGCGGUAGAGACUGACGUCGAUAUGAAUGAUGCGAGAUCCGCGCUUCUGCUACGAGCAACCUGCGAUGCUGCGGCAUCCCUAGCGCCCGACGACCAACAAGCACCAGAAAAAAACUUUGAGUUCCUCAGAAGUGUCAGAGCGUAUCGACUCGCAAAGCUUACAGUGGCUUCAACGCCAAAUAUCGUCCCAGCUAUGAACGGGAAAAAGGUGGUGCGCGCCGCUAUCAAUGCGUCUGCGCUGAAAAUCGUCGAAACGAUGCACGCCGCGGAUGAUAUACCGGAUGUGUUUGCAGUUUCUGAGCUCCUGCUGGAAGUGCUUGGCGGCAAACUGCCCCUGCCGCGAAGUGUUGCUUUGAGGUACAUAGACUCCUGCAUCACGUCGUUGGCGACUGAAACCGAGAGGGUCCGGUACGAUCGCAACGCGAAAAAGCUUCGCAAGGGACCUGGUGCAAUCAACGUGGAGGGCAUCGUGCAUCAAACCCUAGCUGCGCUCCUCCGUUCAUAUCUCGCCGCCGAGGACAAGAGUCAGCGCACACUAAUUUCACAUGCCAUGACCAGGUUUGCAUGCCUGGAGGACGAGAUAUUGGCAUCGCUCUGUCUCUCAACGUGUUUGGACCUCAUUAAUGCGCACGCAGCUCGAGUAAUGGUCGAUCACGUCGCAGUUGGGAUGCAAAACGAGCGCAUCGGCUUCAUCUUUCACAUCGCCGAGCUCCUGCUCAGAAGGAAUGCGACCUCCAUCAAAGCGGUUUCCGCGAUAUCAGCUGCUGAGGCGUCAGUUGCGUCAUCGGUAGCGAAGCGAUGCAUGUCGCCUCUAGCACUCAGAAUUAGGAGGCUGAGCGCGAUGGUACGCCUGCGCUCAGAAUUGACGUCCAAUAGGUAG